AGGAACAUAUGUAAGUAAUUGAAUAAUAAUGGGAGAGUUGAGACAGCUUUUUCUUAUUGAAUAAGAAAUGUGGAAUUAUCUUCUCACAAGAAACUUGUUAGUUACAGAGACAAAACUAGUAACCCACAGUGAAGAAACCUGGCAGACACCACCUUCAGGAGGGAAUCAAAAUUAAAAUCGCCAUUAAUAAAUGUGGUAUGUUACUACAGAUCAUUUCUAUCCACAAUGCAUGCCAUGGAGCAAAUCAUGAGAAACAUCAGAUAAAUCCAAGUUGAGGAACUUCUGCAAAAUAACUGACUGAUAGCUCUUUAUAGUAUCAUAGUUUCGGCCUGGUGCAAUGGUACCACACUUUUGUAAUCCAGGCUACUCAGGAGUCGAAAAUAGGGAGGCCACGGUUACAAUCUGGGCAAAAAGUUAGCGAGACCGCCACCUCAAUUAACAAGCUGAGCAUGGUGGUGCUAUCUGUGUUCCCAGCUAAGCAGGAAGCCACAAAGGAGAACGGCGUCUGAGCCAACCUGGGCAAAAAACACAAGUCCCCACCUGAAAAAUAACUAAAAAACUGAAAAAUAACAAAAAGUCGCUGGAGGCUGGCUCAAGUGCCCUGAGUUCAAAUCCCAGUACCGCAAAAAAAGUCUCGUUUCAAGACAAAGGUGAGGCACUGUCACCGAUUAGAGAAGACUUAGGAGAUAUGACAAGUGAGGGAGGACCUCGGUUUAGGUCCUGGACCAGAUCCAAUUAAGGACGACAGUGAGAAACCCCCACAAGUUUGGAUAAGGUGUAUGUUUAGGUAAUAGUAACUCAGUUUCCUGGUUUUCGUAAUAAGCUCCGGUCAUGUAAGCUGAUAACUGGGGAAGCUGGGUUAAAGAUUUACGGAAGCCCUUUGCUAUAUUUUGCAACCUUUUUGCUUACCAAAACCCCACAACUCAAACACGAUCACCCAUCCCCAACACCCCGCGAGUGAGGCUGAGCCGGAAGUUCGCCACAGGAUCUCCAUGCACCUUGUUCUUUUCGUACCCGAAGGCUCUGGAAGGGCGCAGCGCGAAACUGCGAUGUCUGGACCUGGGGGCGGGCUGUAGAGCGGAUCCGGAAAUAGCAGUAUUUGGGCCUGGGGCCAGGGCGCGGAUCCGGAAGCGGGGGCGUUCGGACCUUGGGGCGGGCCGUAGCGCGGACCCGGAAGUGGCGGUGGUUGGGACUGGGGGGCGGAUCGCAGCCCCAGGCCAGAAGAGGCUGUGUGUCGGCGGUGGUGAGAUUAGGUGGCUGCUGCUCGGGACGCUCCGGACCGUCUGUCCGGCUCCUUCUGACACCUCCGAGUGUUCACCGCCGUCGCCAUGUCGUCGGUGAGCCCCAUCCAGAUCCCCAGCCGCCUCCCGCUGCUGCUGACCCACGAGGGCGUGCUGCUGCCGGGCUCCACCAUACGAACCAGCGUGGAUACAGCCCGCAACUUGCAGCUGGUGCGGAGCCGCCUGCUCAAGGGCACGUCGCUGCAGAGCACCAUCCUGGGCGUCAUCCCCAACACGCCUGACCCCCCCAGCGACGCGCAGGACCUGCCGCCGCUGCACAGGAUUGGAACAGCUGCCCUGGCGGUUCAGGUUGUGGGCAGCAACUGGCCCAAGCCCCACUAUACUUUGCUGAUUACAGGCCUAUGCCGGUUCCAGAUUGUCCAGGUCUUAAAAGAGAAGCCCUAUCCUGUUGCUGAAGUGGAGCAGCUGGACCGGCUAGAAGAAUUUCCCAACACCACCAAAACAAGGGAAGAGCUAGGAGAGCUAUCAGAGCAGUUUUACAAAUAUGCAGUACAAUUGGUUGAAAUGCUAGACAUGUCUGUCCCUGCAGUUGCCAAGUUGAGACGUCUCUUAGAUAGUCUUCCAAGGGAGGCUUUGCCGGACAUCCUAACUUCAAUUAUUCGAACAAGCAACAAAGAGAAGCUCCAGAUUUUAGAUGCUGUGAGCCUGGAGGAACGGUUCAAGAUGACCAUCCCACUGCUUGUCAGACAAAUCGAGGGCCUGAAAUUGCUUCAGAAAACCAGAAAACCCAAGCAAGAUGAUGAUAAGCGGGUUAUAGCAUUCCGUCCUAUUAGGAGGAUUACACACAUCCCAGGUGCAUUAGAAGAUGAGGAUGAGGAUGAAGAUAAUGAUGACAUUGUCUUGUUAGAGAAAAAAAUACGAACAUCUAGUAUGCCAGACCAGGCCCAUAAAGUCUGCGUCAAAGAAGUUAAAAGACUCAAAAAAAUGCCUCAGUCAAUGCCAGAAUAUGCUCUGACUAGAAAUUAUUUGGAACUUAUGGUGGAGCUUCCUUGGAACAAAAGUACAACAGACCGCCUGGACAUUCGGGCAGCCCGAAUUCUUCUUGAUAAUGACCAUUAUGCCAUGGAAAAAUUGAAGAAAAGAGUUCUGGAAUACUUGGCUGUCAGACAGCUGAAAAACAACCUGAAGGGCCCAAUUCUUUGCUUUGUUGGCCCUCCUGGAGUUGGUAAAACAAGUGUGGGAAGAUCUGUGGCCAAAACUCUUGGUCGAGAAUUCCACAGGAUUGCACUGGGAGGAGUGUGUGAUCAGUCUGAUAUUCGAGGACACAGGCGCACCUAUGUGGGCAGUAUGCCUGGUCGCAUAAUCAAUGGCUUGAAGACUGUUGGAGUUAACAACCCAGUGUUCCUGUUGGAUGAGGUUGAUAAGCUGGGAAAAAGUCUACAGGGUGAUCCUGCAGCCGCUCUGCUAGAGGUGUUGGAUCCUGAACAGAACCAUAACUUCACAGAUCAUUAUCUAAAUGUGGCCUUUGACCUUUCCCAAGUCCUUUUCAUAGCCACCGCCAACACCACUGCUACUAUUCCACCUGCCUUGUUGGACAGAAUGGAAAUCAUUGAAGUUCCAGGGUAUACACAGGAGGAGAAGAUAGAGAUUGCCCACAGACACCUGAUUCCAAAGCAGCUGGAACAACAUGGGCUGACUCCGCAGCAGAUUCAGAUCCCUCAGAUUACCACCCUUGCCAUCAUCACCAGAUAUACCAGAGAGGCAGGAGUUCGUUCUCUGGAUAGAAAGUUUGGGGCCAUUUGCCGAGCCGUUGCUGUGAAAGUUGCAGAAGGACAGCAUAAGGAAGCCAAGCUGGACCGUUCAGAUGUGACUGAGGGAGAAGGUUGCAGAGAACAUGUCUUGGAAGAUGCAAAACCUGAAUCUAUCAAUGACACAACUGACUUGGCGCUGCCACCUGAAAUGCCAAUAUUGAUUGAUUUCCACGCUCUGAAAGACAUUCUUGGGCCCCCGAUGUAUGAAAUGGAGGUGUCUGAGCGCUUGAGUCAGCCCGGAGUGGCAAUAGGUUUGGCUUGGACUCCCUUAGGCGGGAAAAUCAUGUUCGUGGAGGCAAGUCGAAUGGAUGGCGAAGGACAGUUGACGCUGACUGGCCAGCUAGGGGACGUCAUGAAGGAGUCUGCCCAUCUCGCUAUUAGCUGGCUCCGCAGCAAUGCAAAGAAAUACCAUCUGACCAACGCUUUUGGAAGUUUUGAUCUUCUUGACAACACAGACAUCCAUCUGCACUUCCCAGCUGGAGCUGUCACAAAAGAUGGACCAUCUGCUGGUGUUACCAUAGUAACCUGUCUCGCCUCACUUUUCAGUGGGCGGCUGGUACGUUCAGAUGUAGCCAUGACUGGAGAGAUUACACUGAGAGGUCUUGUUCUUCCAGUGGGUGGAAUUAAAGACAAAGUGCUCGCAGCACACAGAGCAGGACUGAAGCAAAUCAUUAUUCCUCAGAGGAACGAAAAAGACCUUGAAGAAAUCCCAAGCAAUGUGCGACAGGAUUUAAGUUUUAUCACAGCAAGCUGCCUGGAUGAAGUUCUUAAUGCAGCUUUUGAUGGUGGCUUUCCUGUCAAAACCAGACCUGGUCUAGUCAAUAGCAAACUGUAGGCCUAAAUCUCAACCUGUUAGAACAUUAGUUAUGAAGUGUGGAAAGGUACUGAUAAGGCUUGUUUAUCACACCAGUGAGAGUGUCUCCUUAAUCGGUGAGCAUAAUCACAACAGUAAUGAAUCUCACUCAAAUAGUGGCUAGUGUUGAUUACAGAAAUGUUAAUUUAAUAAAUUAGUAAAA